CCCCUGUUUCCGGUUCCGGUCCCGCAUCCCCAGUGUCGGAAGAUGUGGGGAAGAUGGCGGAGCUGCAGAUGUUGCUGGAGGAGGAGAUCCCCGCGGGCCGCCGAGCGCUGUUGGACAGUUACCACAACCUGGACCGGGUGGCCGAGUAUUGCGAGAGCAACUACAUCCAGGCGACAGAUAAACAACGCGCUCUCGAGGAAACCAAAGCUUACACGACCCAGUCGCUAGCAAGUGUGGCCUACCUGAUCAACACCUUGGCAAACAAUGUCCUUCAGAUGCUGGAUAUCCAGGCAUCCCAGCUCCGACGCAUGGAAUCGUCAAUUAAUCAUAUCUCUCAGACUGUGGACAUUCACAAGGAGAAGGUUGCUAGAAGAGAGAUUGGUAUCUUGACAACCAACAAAAACACCUCCAGGACUCAUAAAAUCAUUGCUCCAUCUAACCCUGAGAGGCCUGUCAGGUACAUCAGGAAGCCCAUCGAUUAUGCUAUCCUGGAUGACAUCGGUCAUGGAGUGAAGGUCAGCACUCAGAAUAUGAAGAUGGGUGGGCUUCCACGGAGCACCCCACCCACGCAGAAACCGCCCAGUCCCCCAGUGUCAGGGAAGGGCACUCUCGGUCGGCAUUCUCCUUAUCGUACACUGGAACCUGUCCGCCCCCCAGUCGUCCCAAAUGACUACGUACCAAGCCCAACUCGCAACAUGAGCUCCUCACAACAGCAGAGUCCAGUGCGGACAGCUUCUGUAAAUCAGAGAACAAGGACAUACAGCAGCAGUGGGAGCAGCGGGGGAAGCCAUCCGAGUAGCCGUAGUAGUAGCAGGGAAAACAGCGGCAGUGGCAGUGUUGGGGUUCCCAUCGCUGUACCAACUCCUUCUCCACCCAGUGUCUAUCCAGGCCCUUCAGGCUCUGCUGGUACCCCUCCACCACCUACCACGCCUAAUCCUACUUCAGUCCCUGUUCCUCCUACUGCUGCAGUACCUGCUUCAACUCAAGGUUCUGUUCCUUCUGCAACCCCUACCCAUGUUCCAACACUGACCCCAGACUCCGUAGCAGGAGCUCAGCCCUUUGCUGAUGGCUUCAUCUCACCAUCUCUCCCUGCUGUCUCUUCCGCUCCUACUGCAGGGCACACUCCUCAAUUCUACAGCAUGAAUCGACCAGUGCAGCGGCAGAAUCCUACCACCAUAGGAGGAUCUCUACCUGGCUAUAGGCGGCCACCCUCCAUGACCUCGCAGGGUAAUGUCCAGAAUCAAGCCAACGGGGGCCCAUACUACAGUCAGAACCAGGCAACUGAAUCAAGAGCGCCACUGGCUCCUCCGCCACCUUCUAUUCUGCAGGUUACACCUCAACUGCCGCUGAUGGGCUUCGUGGCCAGAGUUCAAGAUAACAUUUCAGACGGCUCCACUCCUCCUCCUCCUCCACCGGCUGAUGAUGUUGUGUUUGAUGAGUCACCCCCUCCUCCCCCACCACCAGAGGAUUAUGAGGAGGAAGAGACAGCUGUGGUAGAGUACAGUGACCCGUAUGCUGAGGAGGAUCCACCGUGGGCACCCAAGAACUAUUUGGAGAAAGUGGUUGCUAUCUAUGACUAUUCAAAAGAUAAAGAAGAUGAAUUGUCUUUCCAAGAAGGUGCCAUUAUUUAUGUAUUGAAGAAGAACGACGAUGGCUGGUAUGAAGGAGUGAUGAACGGAGUGACCGGUUUGUUUCCUGGCAACUACGUGGAAUCUAUUAUGCAUUAUGCAGAGUGACAUGCUAAAGGCAGCCCCCCGGCAGCUGCCCCCCUUCCUGCUGGUGCACUGUCGCACUCUGUGGCUUCCUGUCACGCUGGAAAAGGAACAAGCUGAUAUGAAGGAUUUGAGUAAACAAUACACACAAAUAAUGACCUUGUUAUUCAACCAGGAUAGAGUGAAGUGGCAUUGUCUCUCAGGAGUCUGUUAUUCCUGCUGCCGGUGUAGGCUCCAGUGACUGUUGAACUCCAUUGCAAAAUGAGCUCUUUUUGUGUCUGUCUCGUGCGUGCGUGCACGCGCACACACACUCACUCUCUCUGUCUCCCUCUUCUGUGUAUUUCUAACGUACUGUCAUGCAUACAUCCCUGUCUUUGCCUCUCUCACACACUACACUCUGGCACUCUGCCUUUCUCACACUCACUGCUUUUCUAAACUCUCACACAUAAACCACUCUGUUUCACACAUGCACGCACGCAGUUCUUCUCUCUGUCACCUAUGCACAAAAUCAUGUAAUGCAGUCAUUCCUGGUGUUAAGGGUUGACCGAUACCACCAUUACUACAGGGCAAGUCCCUUGCCACAUAAUGGUCCAAACAAAAUGCCUCUGUGAUUAUGCUUCCAUAUUCUGAAUUAAGCUGUCCAACCCCCUAAAUGCAAUCUGCAAGGAAAUUCUCAAAGCAAACAUUCUUCAAAAGCUCAAGGAAGUCAGCUGGAGAGUGUAUACUGGAAGCAAUAUAUUAGAGUGCUGUGUUGCACAGACCUGUACAGGGUAUCCUGAAGCACAGUUCAUGCCUGUAUCCUUGGGUUGGUUGGCAGUCUGGCUACCAGCAUUUCAUUAAAUUUUGGCUAGUGUGUUUGGUUCUCAUCUGUAACUGAGAGAAACCACUGUAAGUACAAUUCCAGAUUCAACUAUUCCAAACUUGGGUGGUGCCUGGAGAGAACAAUUUAUUCUCUAUAACAUUUUGGUACAAUACACUGUGGAUACAGUUAUUUCACUGUAUUUCAUUCGAGUAGCGUAUUAGUCGGUACAGGUAUGUCAAUGUAUAACAGAUACAGUACUGGUGAAUACAGAAUGACACUGAGGUGCUGUAUUUGGCGGAUACGUGUUUGUCACUGUAUAUCACUGGGGUACAUUACUGGUGGGUACAGAUCUGUCACUGUACAAUACUGAUGUGAGAACUGGUGGAUACAAGUCUGUCACUGAAUAACAUUGGAGUGUGUUUUCGUGGGAACAGGUCUGUUAAACAAAACAGUGGGGUGCAUUACUGCUGUGGACAGGUCCAUCAACCAAAAUACUGGAGUGCAAUUCUAUGGAUAAGGUCUGUCAACUAUAACCCUGGGGUACAAUACUAGUGGGUAUAGAGAUAGGAGAAAGUUCAUGGGAAUGAAUAUUAUGAGAAGUAUACUAUAUUCUAUUAUGUAUAUGAUUGUGUUUUUUGCACAGUGUUCUUGGUUGAAUAUGUUAAAUAAUAUUGAUAGCACUCCCAGCUGUUACAGAUGUUUUAGAGUCCAGGAUUGCUUUCAUGUUUAUUCUAAUUAAUAGACCAGUAUUUCUGAGCCAGGUUAAUACAAUGUACAAGUAGGAUUGGUGUCGCCUUUUUUCAUGAAUGCUCAAGGUUUUAAAUUAUCCUGAUAUAAUUUUGACAUUUCCCAGUGUGUAUCAUUGGGGCAGGAACCGAAAUAAGAAUGAGUUUGUAGCCAGGUUGCUAGGGUUUGAAAGGCUUCAUUUCUGCAAAAAUACAAGUAUAUUUUGGUCACUAGAUUGAACUUUUCACCUCUUUAUGGUAGAACAACAGUAGAAAUAGGAGCGGCAGUAGGCCAUAUGAUCUCUUGGUUCCGCUCUGCCAUUACAUUAAAUAGGCUGAUGGGAUCCUGAGCAUUAUAAAUAGAGGUGUAGAAUACAAAAGCAGGGAACAUGUGAAGAAGCUCUAUAGAACUCUGAUUUGGCCUAAGCUGGUGUGUUGUGUCCAGCACUGACAAAGCACUCUACACAGGGUGCAGAGAGAUUUGUGAGAAUAUUCUGAGCUGAGGGUCUUUGAUUGCAAGGAUAGUUUGAAGAAGCUGAGAUUGUUCUCCUUGAAGGGGAUGGGGGAGGUUGGAGAUUCGGUGGAAGUCUUCAGGAAGAGGAGUCUCGAUCAGAAAAUGAGAGAAAUGUUUCCCAUUGGUAGGGGGACCAAGUGAUUGGCAAAAAAAAGACAUUUAUAUGAUAGAAUAGUUAUGGCACAUAACCAAUCAUUACAAAUUGACAGGGUUUGUUCAUCUUACAACAACACUACUAAAAAGCGUAGGGGAAAUGUAUCUCAGGAUUUUAAAAUGAUAUUGUUGACCCUCAGCAAUUAAUUUCACCUUAAGGCAAACAAACCUAAGGCUAGUAUUGGAUAGAUGAAAAAGCGGGUCAGUUCAUUGGGAGUAAAAUCCCCUGGCUGAAAUUUGCCAGCUUCUAUCUUAUUCUGUGUGGCUCUAAGUAGUCUCAGCCCAGACAGGAAUAGGUAGCUACAGUCAGCCUAGGGUUGCUGUUCCUGUUAAAUUCCUGAUUGACCCUGGUAGAAAAUGUGUCUGUAUUGGCAAAGGAGAAGAGGAUGGAGGUUCAGGAAUUGAAAAUGAAUAAAUGGACAAUUGGCUGUUUCGCAAGACUGAAUGCUUGUCGAGAUCUAUGAAACAGCCAUUACUGAAUUAAGUUUCAUCAUUACAGAUUAUAGCAACUAAUUGGGAAAUGGAAUCAGGUCUUGUACCUGAAUUCCUGAUUCUAAGUGGUUAUUUCCUGCAUUUAGAAUGGAUUUGGGAGCAAACUGCUUGGAAUCACACAACAACUUGUGCUGUUGGGGAGAUCAUCAGGAAGUUAGUUGGAGUUAUUUGGUCAUUGCUCCAUUACGAUAUGUAGCAGUACCAUUUCUUGCAGAAUGCCAACACGAUUUUCCUGGAAUCUCAGAUUAGUCUCCAGGACCACAUCUGAUCAGUUCAGAGAAAAGUUACAAGGAUGUUAAACAUGUUAACCUUUGGGUGACAUGAGUAACCAAGGUUUUGCUCAUCUUUUGACGUGAAAAUACUAAAAAGCCUCACUGAUAAGUGGGUAGAGUUGAUAUUCUGGCAAAAAGAACUAAUGGGCUGAAAGUUGUUCUUCAUCAGAACUGAGCUUGUAAUCUGAUUUUUGACUUCCAUAAUUGCUCUAAAUUUUUAAGUAGCAAUUUUCAAUUUCCAGACUUCAUAAUCAAUACUUUUGGUGAGAAUGGGUGCAAAAGGCACUGGUGAUAUGUGUGCAUUUAUGUCUGUCUAUAGUACACCAUAAUAAAUAUUAAAUAGGCAGAGUUAAUUAUGGAUAGUCAGUGUGCAUAUUUGAGUAAUAGUAUUUGUACCUUAGCCUCAUUUUUCAGGAUAUCGGAAAUCUUAAAAGAUAUGAAACAACUGCCUGACGGUGUAACUCCACUAAAACUCCCAAUACUUUAUAAAGUGAACAUGGCUGCCUGGCCUUGUAGUACUGGUCCUUUCUGUUGUAUCGGUCUACCCUUUGGUUUCUUGUGUAUCAUGCAGUACUAAUGUAUAGAUAUCCUCACUGGUUUUAUGCAUCAUUUUGUAAGAUUUUAUUUCUUCGUUUGGGUUGGCUAAGACGCUGUGUGAAGAAUAUUGACUAGAGCCUGAUGUACAAGAAUCUGUGUCUGUAAUGUUUGAAUAGACUGCAUGCUGUAA